CUUUUUGCCCUCGAACGCGUACAUACACGCACGCGCGCGCACACACGCAGGCACGCGCGCGGCGCUACGACUCGACUCACACACACACCUCCCUCUCUGCCUGCGCUCGGUCCAUUGUACCCUCGCUUUGGCAUUAGCGCGGUCCCCAGUACGAGACGCGCUCACUCACCCACCACACGCACUCACUCACCCACCACGCGCACUCACUCACCCACCACACGCACUCACUCACCCACCACGCGCACUCACUCACCCACCACACGCACACCGCGCACGCUCCGCGCGAAGAGCGAAGCGAAUUCGAGGCGACAUUGCGUCGUUGUUCCUGGCUCCGGGUGCAUUCCUCGAUCGUCGUCGCGCGAGUCCUUGCCACGCGCGCCACAUCACUUCUUCGGUCGCCGCACGCAAAUUUGACGACGUUUCGUCGACUUUAUUCGGGAUACGUUUGAUUUAUAUUAGCGGUCUGUGUAUUCAUAUCCGUGGAUCGUCUGAAGAGUCGGCAACGGCUUCCUCCGGUGGUAGAUGGUAAAACAAAAGCCGGCAUGGAGGUGAGCUCCGAACAGCCCCGAUGGAUUUCGCAUCCAAACGCCGUGCUGAGCGGCGCGCAGCACCCGAUGGAGCAGCUGCCGCACGGGGCUUACGCUGAGCCCUCUCAGCUUCUGCCUCCAGACGAGGUGGACGUGUUCUUCAAUCACCUGGACGGGCAGGGCAACCCCGUGUCCCCCUACUACGCGAGCCCCGCGCACGCCCGCGCCGCCGUGCACGGCUACAGGCAGACACACAGCGGCUUCGCUGGCGCCCAGGUGUGCCGGCCGCACAUCCUGCCGGGGCCGGCCGGCCUCUCGUGGCUCGAUGGCGGCAAGGCGCUGGGCGCUCACCACCCGCACAGCCCCGCCGCCUGGAGCGUCUCCCCGUUCGGCAAGUCGGCCCUGCACGCCGCCCACGCUCACCACCCGCACGCCCACCACCCGCACCACCCCCACCCGGGCAGCCUGGCCGGCUACAGCCCCGGCGGCGGCGGCGGCGGCGGCGGCAGCGGGGUGGCGUCGGCCGCCAGCCCGCACCACCACCACCACCACCACCUGUUCGGCUUCUCGUCGACGCCGCCCAAGGACUCGGCGCACAGUCCCGUGGACGCGCCGGGCGGCGGGGCCGGGGCUGCGGGCGGCGGAGCCGGCGGAGGAGCACAGAGAGACGAAAUGGACAAGGAGCAGAUGCAUCAGCAGCAGCAGCAGCAGCACGGGCAGAAAAAUGCGUUUGCCCUGCACCAGCAGCAGCAGCAGCAACAGCAACAGCAGCAGGGAGGUGGCGGGGAUCAGGGUGGACUCAAGUUGGAGAGCUGCAGUCCGCCCCGAAGCGGGGAGCAUCCGGCCGCCUCGGCGACGCACCACCCCAUCCCCAUGUACCCGCACUACCUGGCCGGCGGGCCCAAUUACGGUGACCCGCUCUACCCCCACGGGGGGCUGCUGGGCGGCUCCCCCGUAGGGUUCACCCCGAAGCCGCGCAGCAAGUCGCGAACGUCCGCAGGCCACCCGGUCCUGGCUCCAGAAUCUCGCUUCAUGCCUGGUGCCUCGACUUUCCACCUCCCCAUGCAGCACGAUGCCACCUCCUCACAUCCCUGGCCUUCCUCUGGGCAUGAGAGCUUGGAGCUCAACCUCAAAUAUCCUUUCGCCGAGGGGCGCGAGUGCGUCAACUGCGGAGCGACGUCCACCCCACUGUGGCGCCGGGACGGCACGGGCCACUACCUGUGCAACGCGUGUGGCCUCUACCACAAGAUGAACGGGCAGAACCGGCCCCUCAUCAAGCCCAAGCGCCGACUGUCCGCAGCCCGCCGCGCUGGCACCUCUUGCGCAAACUGCCAAACGACCAUCACCACGCUGUGGAGGAGAAACGCCAACGGGGACCCCGUCUGCAACGCGUGCGGUCUCUACUACAAGUUGCACAAUGUGAACCGCCCCCUCACCAUGAAGAAGGAGGGCAUCCAGACGCGCAACCGCAAGAUCUCCACCAAGUCGAAGAAGAGCCGCAAGAAUUCCGACGGCCUGGAGGGCGACCUCGCCAAGGCCAUGCACGACAAGGCCAAUCACUUCAGCGCGGCGGCCCUGGCCGGUCACAUGGGCUCCCUGGGGCACCACCACCACCUGAACCCGUACUCGGGCCACAUGCUGCCGACCCCCACUCCCAUGCACCCCUCCACCAGCCUCUCCUUUGGGCCGGCGCACCACUCCAGCAUGGUGACCGCCAUGUGCUAGGCCCCCCCCCCCCCCCCCCC